AUGCCAAAAGAGCAGUAUAUGUGCCAGUUAUGCGCUAAUCAUGGAAUUUUCAAUCAGCCUAAAAAAGGUCACAAGCAAAAAUGUCCACAUCGGGAUUGCACUUGCAAUUUAUGUGCUCUGAACACAAAACGUCGGGCACUGGAUCAAAUCGAAAGACAACUGAAAAAUGCCACGUCUAUUGAAGUGAAAACCGAUCCGACAACAUCAGCGGCAACUGACGGUAUGAAGUAUGAACGCUCGGACGAUUUUCUUUCCUUUAAUUUGUAA